UUCGACAUGGUUGUGCAUCAAUGAUUAUCACGCAGCGUAUAAAAUCCUGUUGUGUGACUGAACUCUUAAAGCUCGAAUUUUGACCUGGAGUAUCACAUGUUCAGAUAGUUUUACAUCUGCAGGCUCCUUAAAGUUCGCGGUCUUAUCAUCUAAGAAGCACACGCCCAGAGGAUCAACAUAAUCGUGUCCAUUAGUUAAAGUUGGAUCUUUUUUUUUGUCUUUCUAAGAACAAUUUCUAUCUUUGGUUGUUUUGUCUUCGUCACUUCCUUCUGCAGGUAUACAUGAUAUUUGUUUGUGUAUAUAAGAGAGGAGUAAACGGAUAUAGGUCAAGCCAUUUGAGGGAAUACGGCAAACUACGCUUGCUGUCUAUUUUAACAUUUAUUAUAAUGGUCUACUGUUAUAUUUGAUAAAGAGGAUUCAAACUAUUGGCAGUUGGAAUUAUGAGUGAAACUGGUGCUGAGUUUCUAAGCAAUUUGGAAAAAAAGUGACCUAAUAGCAAAGGACAGUCCUGAUUAAGUUUGCAUAUACAGUAAAAUGAAUCAGUCUUCUUCACCUUUGACGAAAUCUACUUCCUUGUCAUCGACUUCCUUGUCAUCGACUUCCUUGUCAUCGACUUCUUUGGAAUCGACUUCUGUCACCACUACAUCCAGCACAACGGUUGAAAGUGAAGCAACUUCGGAAAGCACAACUAAUAUUAUGUCUUCCAGCUCUACUGCUAAAAUACAUGAUAUACCUAGCUCUACGUCACCAGGAAAGGACGAGAAAGUUAAUAAUAUGACCUUAAUUAUUUGUAUAACAGUUGGGGUCAUAUGUUUUCUGGUUAUCGCGGCCUUGACCUUGUGCUAUUGGAAGAAGAAGAGAAGUCAGAUGCACACCUCCUUCUCAGUCAUGUAUGAGCGAUAUUUCGGAGUCAGACUCAGUCAGGCUUGUGCUGAUCCGAGGCCAAUCCGAAACAUGGAUGUUGCGUCUAGAAUUGGCUCCCCCAAUGAAGAUGUCGAAGAAAUUCCCUCCUGCAGUAACGAUCCUUCAAAUGUCAAAGACGUUCGAAAUGGUCAGAGAGCUGAGCGGCUUGAACACUCUCAAAUUAUGUAUCAAACAAACUACAUCAUUUUAGCCUCAUUAUCUGGGAAGCCGGACGAAGAAGUGUCCCAUGUCAAUUCUGAACCUUCAAAGGAGGAGAGCUCUAGCAGUUACAGCGUUGUAGAAGUAGCUCAUUCUGAUUCCAACUUUGAAGACAUCCUUUCCAACAGUCUACGUGAUAGCGUGUUGUUUGAUGGCACAGGCAAACCUUUACAAAGAUUUAAUCCUUCUAACGAAUCUAUUGAAAGUGUCACCGAAGAAAGAAGUUUUGGAAGUUGUAAGGCUUACGCCCAACUUGCAGACUACACCCACCCGGAAACACCUUGCAAAAUCAAAACACCGUCUCCGUUAAUCUUCUCCUCUCAAGAAUCACAGCAGAGUGUUUUUUCAGAUCUAAGCAUGUCCCUGCGCCCAGAGUCCAGUGUUUAUUAUUCGGAAGUAAAUGGUCCUGAUGGUGUGGAUGUUCCACAAGAAAGAGCAGCAAAUCCAGAUCUCUACUUUAAUACUGCUGUAAUCCAUUCGGAUUUAAUGAGACUCGCCCAUUCGCCUACUUCAAACAACAAAGUUGAUUCUCUGUCUGCUAAGUAUAUGAAUUUACGUAGUCCUUCUGACAGUUGUCAAAAUAAAAUUAAACCCCAAGGCCAUAAGGAAGUCGAGAACUCUCUGAAAGACCACGAUUACAGUGAAACUAGCAAUGAUGACUAUACUGGGGUCAAAAGCAAUAGAGCUUCGACUGAAUCAACGUUUUCGUACUUAUAUGAUAACAGUUUAUUUUAUAUUCAUGAAGAAAAUAAACCGUCAUUAACUUCAACAGACAUAGUCCACCCAGGUGUACAUUCAGACAUCAGUCAUCAUAAACCGCAGUCAGAGCAUUUCGUUUUAAAUGAAAGCAAAUAUGGUCAACAUGAAAAUCCCUCGUUUCAUGAUGAUGAGGUUGCGGUUUCGGAUACACACAAUCAAAACCUAUCUUUUGGUUGCUACGAUAAUAGAGAGUUAAAAAAUGACAAGAUAUAUUUAAACAUUAUGAGUCAUGAGCCUGGAAAUAAAAGUUUUUCCAAUGCAAAUCAUAAGAAUGAAAUACAAAAAGACUCAAGGGGUAAAAGUGAUCCUAGAGAAUCGUCAUCAGAUAUUUAUGACAAUAAUGCCAACAUUUCAACUAUGCUAACUUCUUUAGAUAAUAGAAAAUAGUUCAUUAUUCUCAAAACAAUAAAGGCAAUUUUUAGUAA